AAACGUCAUUAAACUUCACAGUUCACUUGUCAAAAUAUCGAGUGUCGACGUAAACAAUCACGGAAAUAUAUUCUUGUUUUAUUUAUUUUUGUGAAUUAAGUAACUAUAAAAAACAUGUCAGGUCAAGUAUGUGACAUCGGAGACGAUGUUAAAGAAGUAUUAAAAAAGUUUCGUUUCCAAAAGCAUACUACAAAUUCGGCGCUGAUUUUAAAGGUGAAUAGAGAGAAGCAGGUGCUGGAGGUGGAUGAAGAGCUGGAGAAUGUAGAGCUGGAAGAGCUGCAGGACAUCUUGCCCUCUCACCAGCCCAGGUUCAUUGUGUACAGUUACAAAAUGGAGCACAGUGAUGGCAGGACCUCGUUCCCGAUGUGUUUCAUAUUCUACACGCCACGAGACGCGCACAUGGAGCUGCAGGUGAUGUAUGCGGGCACGCAGCGCGCUCUGGCGGCCGCGGUCGGCGCACCUCGACUCCUCGAGGUGAGAGAAAUCGAUGAACUCACCAACGAGUGGCUCAACGAGAAGCUCCGGAGAUAGACCUCAUACGUCACGCAAUAGGGUUGCCAAGUCUCUGAUUACUGGUACAGGUUAAGCUAAUCGAUUUUAGGUACACAUCGAUUGAUUAUGAAAUCGAUAAUAAUGAACUGACAAAUGAUUUUUUUAUUAAUCUUUAUUGAUUGAUGAAUUUUCCAACUGUAUAUGGUAAUAUUCGUAGAAUGAAUUUUGAGGUAUGUGAAGUGGAUUUAAUCAACAAUAUCGAUUUUAAUCAACCAAUGUCAACACGUUACCUAAAAACUUCACGAUUAUUGUGAAAAAUAUCUAUGAAUGGUAAGACUACGUAAACUGCAAAGCAUUUUUGCAGACCUUUCCAGGCAAACAGCAACCCUACGUAUAGGGCUCGAUUGACGAUUUGGGCUAGUCAUACUUGCGCAAAAUGACGUUUGUAUUUUUAGAAACACAUAGAAAUGACCCUUGGGCCUUGGAUAUAGAAUAGUUAAUAAGAAUUCGGAAAAGUCAAAAUGGCACCAAAAGGCCUUCUCGCUCUUUCGUACAAAGGGCGCACUAAGCUUUAGUUCAUUCAAGUGGUGAGCUGGAGAAUACAGAUAAUAUUUUAUAUACUUACAGCAUAUAAUAAUACGCUUCACCAUUAUAUCACUUAAUUUUUUUUUAUUUUAAAGACAAUUUUUUUUCGUAUGUAUAACAAAAUCAUAGAUGCUCACCACUUUAAAUUACAAAAAUAAACAUACACAUAAUUUAUUAUACACUUUAUCAAGAGUAGCCAUUGUUCCACGUCCCCUGGCCUGUACAGUCGAAAAAGAAUGUAUUUGCCCGUUCAUGGUUACUAGUGAUAAUUUUUGUACUCCAAUGUUGCAUUUAUCGUCAUGACAAUCUUGCCGCGUUUCCUUGGUCCUUUGCCAUAUUUAGUAAGUAGGUUACGAGUGUGCAUAAUAACUCAGUCCCCUGGUAACAGCUUAACAACAUCUAAGAAUAGUAUCUGAUUCUGCAAGUGUGAAUUCAUAACAAAACGUAUAUUAAGAGUCGUCCAACAGGUUUAAAUCAUGUGUGACGGAAAUUCAUUCUAAAGUUUUUCUGCCCAGUAUCAGCCCGGAGUCUGGAUUUGUGCCCGAUAUGGCGAUAGGCUCGCCCCCUUACACAACAUGGGACGGAACACACUUGGCGAAAAGUGGGUGCCCUGGUUGCACCUCUGCAUACCCCUUCGGGGAUAAAAUGCGUGAUGGUGUGUGUGGUGUGUUUUAAAUGGUAUCAACUGAAUGCAGUUUAGACUUUAGAUGUGACUGACGAAAAUAAAAUGUGUCAAGUCAAUAUGGUGGCGGCGCCGUAAUGAAAUCUAGUGACCUAUAUUAAUAUACGAAGUGUGUUACACAAGUUUUAUGAUAUGUUUUGGCGAACAGGGGACUGAUAAUCAUAUAUUGUUACAUAUUAUACGAAGUAAUAAAUGUAGUUAUACGUAGAUUUUUGUAUUGAGAUUAAUAAAAGUAUGUUUAGUAAUAAUAUUGUAUGCGGUAAAGAGCGAACGCCUGAAGGCAAACGCUUUGUCGAUUUUUAUUGUGGUUUAUUCUGGUUGAAAAAAGCCAAUGCAAUAUGAGACUAAAUGUCUAAGAAUUAAGAAUUACAAGUAUACCUACUUUGUGAUUAGAAAGUUGUCACAAUAUUUUCAGGCAAGCGUGGUUACCAUCAGGCGAGUGUUUCACUCGACUCUCUUAUCCAUUUAUAGAAAAAAAAAGAUGUAUAAUGCAUAAUGCAGUUGAUGUUUUUGUGGAAGUGAAUUAAAAAAAAUAACUAAUUUUAAAACAAAACAACCAACAUUUUUGUCUAUUCAAAGUGGAGAUAUAUAAGUUUUGUUAUAACAAAAAAGUUUUUUUAUAUAUAAUGCGUUUUUUUUUUGUAAAAAUGCAAAUACUGAUCGCUUGGAUCUCUUAAUUUAUUUUCAAAUAUAUUUAUAUAAAAAAAUGUCAAAUUAAUUACAAUUGGCAUGGUGGUUUAUUUACCUUUUCGUGAUUAGUUUUAAUAUAAAAAUAUUUUUAAUUUCUGUUUGUCAUUCAAUUAAUCUUCCUGGUUGCAAAAAGUUGCAUAUUUUUUACCACAAAUUUGCGUCUAAGUUAUUGAUCAGUUUUAUAUUUAACUAUUUAGACUCCUUCUGUAUACUCCUUCUAUGACUGUCAUUUUGUAAGGGUUAAAAUAUUAAAUCCUAAGUCAUAAUUUAGGAUGGUAAUGAAAUGACAAUACUAAAACUGUACGCCCAGAACUGCAAGCGUUGUUAGUAAAACACGCACAUACAAAUAAAAGACAUAGUAUUAAAAUAGUUUAUAAUUCCCCCCCAGAUAAUACACCCCCGCCUUUGUACUCACACUCACAAUAGUCAGUAUUUUUGCUAUAAUCGACCUUAAACAUUUGUAUACCUAGACCCCUUUCAUUCCUUUUUCUUAUGAACUUUUGUAAAACCCGUUAACUAGGAAUAUUUUAUAAAAGUGUAAAAAGACAUUAAAUAAAUGUAUACAAAAAUA